AACUGGACCAAAACCCUACAGUCUCCACCGUUCCUUUUUUUUUUUUCUGCCCGCCUUGCCCUUCCGGCCAUCCCCAUCUUCUCCCGUCGCACCCUUUCCGCCGCCCGCCGCCGUCGGACCGCUUUCCUUGCCCUCUUGGCCGCGCCCUUCACCCUCUCUCACGUGGCGGCGCCCCUGUUCCCGUCGCACCGCCCGCUCCCCUCGACAUUCCACGCCAGGCCUCGCCCCUGGCUUUGCCGGAGCCGCAGUUGCCUUCGCCGCUGUGCUCAGAUCGGCGGUGCAGCGCGCCGCCGGAUGUGGGGAGCAUUGAUUGGGACUGUAGUAGGAGGGUACUAACAUCAGGUUGCCAAAGAAAUUCUCCGACUUCCUGCUCGUCCCCCGGCCCACUCCUGGGCGGAUUCCCACUUCCUGAAAUUCUUUUAUCUCCCGGCCCCUCGCCCUCACUCUCCCGUCCCCAGAUUUCCUUAGGGCUUUAUUAGGUCGUCCUUCCUCCCCGCCUCGGGGUUCAUCGGCUUUCACACCGUGCGGAUAGUGCCGCAUCGAGGAGGAGCGGCGGCACGAUGAAUGUGCCUAUAGUCGAUCCGUUGCAAGGGGAUUUUCCCGAGACUAUUGAGGAGUUCUUGCAGCAUGGGAAUAUGAAAUGCAUUGCGUUUAACCGCAGGGGAACUCUUCUUGCAGCUGGAUGUGCAAAUGGUAGCUGUGUUAUCUGGGACUUUGAAACAAGAGGACUUGCAAGAGAAUUUCGUGAUAAAGAUUGUACUGCACCUAUAACUAGUGUCAGCUGGUCUAAGUAUGGUCACCGUUUGCUUGCCUCUGCUACUGAUAAGUCACUCACACUUUGGAAUGUGGUAACUGGGGGAAAAAUUGCCCGCAUAACUCUUCAGCAGACUCCACUGCAUGCCCGUCUUCAUCCUGGUUCAUCCAUCCCAUCUGUAUGCUUAGCAUGUCCUCUCUCUUCUGCACCUAUUCUUGUUGAUUUGAAUACUGGAAGUACCAUAGUUCUUCCAGUUUCUGCAUCUGACAAUGGUAAUGUCCCUGCACCUAAUUCACGUAAAUUUUCGGAUGGUUCUCCUCCUUUUACACCAACUGCUGCAACGUUUGAUAAGCAUGGAGAUCUGAUAUAUGUGGGCAAUUCCAAGGGAGAGAUAUUAAUUGUAGAUUCGAAAGGCAUCCAAGUACUUGGGGUAAUUCCCAUCCCAGGUGGAACAGUUGUUAAGGACAUUGUUUUCAGCAGAGAUGGCCAAUAUCUGCUAACGAACUCUAAUGAUCGUGUCAUUAGAGUCUAUGAGAAUAUUCUGCCUAUUAAAGGUUCUGGGAAGGAGAUUGAAAAAAUAAUCACCAGCAACAAUAAUGAGUAUCCAAGCAAGUAUGAGAAGCUGAAAGCAAAUGGUGCACGCUGCCUAGUUUUUUCUUGUGAAGUCUCAGAUGCCAUUGCAAAGGUACAGUGGAAGGCACCAUGCUUCAGUGGCGAUGCUGAGUGGAUCGUUGGUGCUUCUGCAAGCAAAGGAGAGCACAGGUUGCACAUAUGGGACCGAGCAGGGCGUCUUAUAAAGAUCCUUGAAGGUCCAAAGGAAGCUCUCAUUGAUCUCGCUUGGCAUCCAUUUGAUCCUACAAUUGCUUCAGUGUCUGUGGCAGGCUUAACAUACAUUUGGGCAAAGGAACAUGUAGAGAAUUGGAGCGCGUUUGCUCCUGAUUUUAUAGAACUAGAAGAAAACGAGGAAUAUGUUGAACGAGAGGAUGAGUUCGACAUAAAUGCAUAUGCAGAAAGGGUUGAAGAACUUAUGAUAGAUCAGGAUGCAGAGAUUGAUGUUGAAACAUGUGAGAAGAACUCAUCAUUCAGUGAUUUUGAGGACUCAGCAGACGAGAUUAUCUACUUGCCUGCUAUUCCUUCCCCAGAUGCUCCUGAUGAGCAGCCAGACAAGUGCCUAGUAAGCUCAUCAAAAUUGGAGGACAGCAAUCAUUCUGGUUCCCCCCCAUCCUCAAUGGAUGCUGUGCAGAAUGGUCUAGCCAUUCCUCCAGCAUCUAGUCCAUUGGAAGUUGUUGACAAUUCCAUGGCCGAAGAGCCAUCAGCGGAAGCGGCAAACGCAAAGCGGAAGAGGAGGCUGUCAGCCAAGGGGCUGGAGAUGCAGCAGGCUGAGAAGGUGAAGAAACCACCCAUGAAGAUGUCGUCCAACGGAAAGGUGUCGAAGCCCAAGAGCAAGCAGGUGGUGGAACCCGUCAACGGGAACACCUCGGCCAAGAUGAAGCAGCAGUUGGUGGAACCCUUCAACGGGAACAGCUCGGCCGCCGACAUCGACGACGAAGCGACCGAGGACGAUGAGAUGUAAGCAGCCCGUCAAUUAGUGAGGGCAUAGAGAGAGAGAGAGAGCCGGGCUAUCGCCUGUGUUAAAUAGUGUUCCCGUAGAAAGAAAGUAUGUGCCGUGGUUAUGCCGAGACAUGGAAAACAUGGUUCGCAUAUGUGCUGUAUGUAACUUGAGUUCUGAAGUUUCUGUUGUCUUCGCAUUGUCGAUCUUGAGGUGAAGAAACCUGACCAGUAUGGACCAUUGUAGUUAAGUCUCAGUUGAUAUCGUUA